GUGGGUCAGAGCAUGCGCAGUGCGGGGAGGAGCACUUUUGGACGGGUAGCAGAACACCAGUCUAAAAACUGAGGGUUUUACAGCUGUGUGGGAGAAACUUAAGGCUCAUGAAUAUUCAAACAUUACAUUCAGCCCUGUGAUAUGAUUGGCUGACAGUAGGGAAUAACGUACAAUAGCUCCGCCUUAGAAGGAGACAGGUGAGACGCAGGUGAAGGAGAAAGUCCAGUCUCCUUCUUCAGAAGAGGACAGAAGUCCGUAUUCACUCGGGGUCGGUGUCGGCAGUGUUCAGCUGUGUGUGAAUGAAGAAGAGUAAAUGAUGGAUCUUCAGAACUCCAGCAGUGGAGGAGGACCUCCUGUCCUAAAGGAGAAGAGAGCAGCAUCUCCAGCCCCCAGUGGAGUGUCUAUGAAGAGUGACGGGUCCAUGAGGAGUCCUCUAAAGUUCAGCAGUGGAGGAGGAAGCUCUGGGUCUCGAACUGAAACCCAGAGAGGAGCUUCUCCAGAACCCAGCUGUGUUUCUAUGAAGAGUGACGCGUCUAUGGGGAAUCGUCCUACUUUCAGCAGUGAAGAUAUGAGAUCUGAUAAGAAGAAAAUAAAGAGUUACAGGAAAAAACUGGACCACAUAUUUAAGAAGCUGCAGGAGAAGUUUAUCUCUCUAGUGAAGAAUGAGCUGAACACAUUUAAGAAGCUCCUGAGUCCAGAUUACCCAGCAUGCACUGAGGGAGAGGUGGAUGAAGAUCAGAAGAAGGGGGUGCUGAAGGUCACACUGCACAUCCUGAGGAGCAUGAAUGAGACAGACCUCGCCAACACACUCGAGAGCAAAUUGGCCCCAGCAUGCCAACGAAAGCUCAAAUCCAAGCUGAGAGAUAAAUAUCAGAUACUUAAUGAAGGAAUAUCGGGACAUGUAAAGUCAGCACUUCUGAAUGAGAGCUACACAGAGCUCUACAUCACAGAGGGAGAUGGAGGAGAUGUCAAUCAGGAACAUGAGGUAAAACAGAUUGAAGCUGCAUUCAGGAAAAGGACAACAGAGGAAAGACCAAUCAAAUGCAAUGACAUCUUUAAACCAUUACCAGAACAGAACCGACCCAUCAGAACAGUUCUGACUAAAGGAGUUGCUGGAAUUGGAAAAACAGUCUCUGUGCAGAAGUUCAUUCUGGACUGGGCUGAAGGAAAAGUAAAUCAGGACAUUCUCUUCAUAUUUCCACUUCCUUUUAGAGAGCUGAAUCUGAUGAAGGAGAAGAAGCUCAGUCUGGUGAAUCUUCUUCAGAGCUUUUUCCCAGAAACACAAGAUUUAAAACCAAGACAUUAUAAGAGCUACAAGAUCAUGUUCAUUUUUGAUGGUCUGGAUGAGUGUCGACUUCCUCUGGAUUUCCAUAACAAUGAGAACUUGGUGAAUAUAGAAGAGCAAACCUCAGUGGAUGUUCUGGUGACGAACCUCAUCAAGGGGAAUCUGCUUCCCUCUGCUCUCCUCUGGAUCACCUCUCGACCAGCAGCGGCCAAUCAGAUCCCUCCUGAGUGUGUUGAUCAGGUAACAGAAGUGCGGGGUUUCAGUGACCCUCAGAAACAGGAGUACUUCAGUAAGAGGAUCAGUGAUCAGGACCUGGCCAACAAAGUCUUCACACACAUCAGGUCUUCAAGAAGCCUCUACAUCAUGUGCCACAUACCAGUCUUCUGCUGGAUUACAGCCACUGUUCUAGAGAGAAUGCUGAGUGAAGCUGAGAGUGGAGAAAUUCCCAAAACCCUGACGCAGAUGUUCACACACUUCCUGAUCUUUCAGAUCAAACACAAGGACCAGAAGUACAGUGGGAAAAGUGAAACUGAUCCUCAGCAGACUAGAACAAGUAUCCUGGCUCUGGGGAAACUGGCGUUCCAGCAGCUGGAGAAAGGAAACCUGAUCUUCUAUGAGGAAGAUCUAAGAGAGAGUGGCAUUGAUUGUAGAGAAGUGUCUGUGUACUCAGGAGUGUGUACCCAGAUCUUCAGGGAGGAACAUGAGCUGCACCUGGGGAAGGUCUUCAGCUUUGUACAUCUGAGCGUUCAGGAGUUUCUUGCUGCUUUAUAUGCAUUUCUCAACAGAAAAAUCCCAAAAGAACAAUCCACUGAACAACAAACCAGUAAACUCUUCAAGUUUUUCAGUAAGUCAACAAUGACUGACUUCCUCAGCAGUGCCAUAGACAGAGCCUUACAGAGUGAGAGUGGACACCUGGACCUGUUCCUUCGUUUCCUUCUGGGUCUCUCACUGGAGUCUAAUCAGACUCUAUUAGGAGUGUUGCUGACCCCAACAGAGAGGAUCUAUCACAGCAAUGAGGAAACAGUCCAAUACAUCAAGGAGAGGAUUGAGGAGAACUCAUCUCCCGAGAAAUCCAUCAAUCUGUUCCACUGUCUGAAUGAACUGAAUGAUCAUACUCUAGUGCAGGAAGUGCAGAAAUACCUGAGUGGAGGUGGUGAGCAUCGUCUUCACCAGGCCAGCCUCUCUCCUGCUCAGUGGUCAGCUCUGGCAUUUGUGUUGGUGAACUCAGAAGAAGAGCUGGAGGAGUUUAACCUCAGUAAAUAUCAUCCAUCAGAAGAGUGUCUUCUGAGGCUGCUGCCAGUAGUUAAAAUAUCCAGAAGAGCCAUACUAGCUUCAUGUGACCUUAGAGUAAAGACGUGUGAAAAUCUGGAAUCAGUUUUAAACCUAGAAAACUCCUCCCUGAAAGAGCUGGACCUCAGUAACAACGACCUGCAGGAUUCAGGAGUGGAGCUGCUCUCUGCUGGACUGAAGAGUUCACAAUGUAAACUGCAGAUUCUCAGAUUAGCUUUGUGUAAUAUAGGAAGAAAGACGUGUGAAAAUCUGGAAUCAGUUUUAAACCUGGAAAACUCCUCCCUGAAAGAGCUGGACCUCAGUAACAACGACCUGCAGGAUUCAGGAGUGGAGCUGCUCUCUGCUGGACUGAAGAGUUCACAAUGUAAACUGCAGAUUCUCAGACUAGCUUCAUGUAAUCUUGGAGUAAAGACGUGUGAAAAUCUGGAAUCAGUUUUAAACCUGGAAAACUCCUCCCUGAAAGAGCUGGACCUCAGUAACAACGACCUGCAGGAUUCAGGAGUGGAGCUGCUCUCUGCUGGACUGAAGAGUUCACAAUGUAAACUGCAGAUUCUCAGACUAGCUUCAUGUAAUCUUGGAGUAAAGACGUGUGAAAAUCUGGAAUCAGUUUUAAACCUGGAAAACUCCUCCCUGAAAGAGCUGGACCUCAGUAACAACGACCUGCAGGAUUCAGGAGUGGAGCUGCUCUCUGCUGGACUGAAGAGUUCACAAUGUAAACUGCAGAUUCUCAGACUAGCUUCAUGUAAUCUUGGAGUAAAGACGUGUGAAAAUCUGGAAUCAGUUUUAAACCUGGAAAACUCCUCCCUUAAAGAGCUGGACCUCAGUAACAACGACCUGCAGGAUUCAGGAGUGGAGCUGCUCUCUGCUGGACUGAAGAGUUCACAAUGUAAACUGCAGAUUCUCAGAUUAGCUUUGUGUAAUAUAGGAAGAAAGACGUGUGAAAAUCUGGAAUCAGUUUUAAACGUGGAAAACUCCUCCCUGAAAGAGCUGGACCUCAGUAACAAUGACCUGCAGGAUUCAGGAGUGGAGCUGCUCUCUGCUGGACUGGAGAGUUCACAAUGUAAACUGCAGAUUCUCAGAUUAUCUGGUUGUAUGAUCACAGAGAAAGGCUGUUGUUCUCUGGCUUCAGCUCUAAUUGCGAACCCCUCCCACCUGAAAGAGCUGGAUCUGACCUACAACCACCCAGGAGAGUCCGGAGUGAAGCUGCUUUCUGACAGACUGGAGGAUCCACACUGCAAACUGGAGAAACUCGAAGUGGAACAUGGAGGGAAGAUCCGAAUCAAACCUGGAUUAAAAAAAUACGGCUGUGAUUUCACUCUGGAUCUGAACACAGCGCAGUGUAAUCUCUCUCUGAGUGAGGAGAACAGGAGGGUGGAGGGUAGAGAGGAGCUGCAGUCGUAUCCUGAUCAUCCAGAGAGAUUUGAUUGGUAUCCGCAGGUUCUGAGUAGAGAGAGAGUUACUGGUGUUACUGGACGCUGUUACUGGGAGGCUGAGUGGAGCGGAGGAGGAGGAGGAGAAGCUGAAGUAGCUCUGAGUUAUAAAACCAUCAGCAGGAAAGGAUCAGGAUUAGACUGUUGGUUUGGAGGAAAUAUAAACUCCUGGAGUCUGAUCUGCUCUGAUAACAGUUACUCUGUUCAUCACAAUAAUAACAGCACUGAACUCUCUACUCCUCCCUCCGGCUGUAGGAGAGUAGGAGUGUAUGUGGACUGUCCCUCCGGCACUCUGUCCUUCUACAGAGUCUCCUCUGAUACACCCUCACACACACACACACCCUCACACACUUACACACACUUACACACAUUCUACACCACCUUCACUCAGCCCCUCUAUGCAGGGUUUUGGGUUGGUUAUGGCUCCUCAGUGCGUCUGUGUAAGAUAGAAUAACCCUGUGUGUAACAGAGAUUCGAUGUGUGUGUGUGUGUGUGUGUGUGUAGGAGGGAAAAUGUGUGUAUAAAUAUAACUUUGUUAAUAUUUUAUACAGAUGAUUUUGUAUUUUUUUCCAGAACUUUUAUUUUAAUUACUGUUAUCUUUAUUCACUACUGUUAUCACUUAUUCUGUACUUAUUGAUAAUUAUUGUUUUAUUUUAUUGUAAAUUAGGUUCAUAUUAAUAAAGCUAAAUAAAUGAAGAAAGGUG